UCAUACUAUCAAUUUCUCCAUAGUUAUCACUAGUUUCUAGUAAUUAUAGGAAUUGGUAUAUGAAAAAAUUUAAUGGAUUCUUGAUAGGUAUUAGGAAAUAAGUUGUUAUUGAAUGUUAAGGAACCAAAAUAUCAAUAGUGAACAAUACGAUAACGACCUUUUGAUCACAAUUUGAUAAAAACUUUAUAAACUGUGGUACCGAGUGCAAUUAUUUUAAAUAAUCUAUCAAAGUACAAGCACAGCUUAGUAACUAAAUAGCAGUGAUGAAGGAUGAAGAAAAACAUACAUUGAUAAAAAUUGAUACAGAUAAUUAUGGCUCGAUCAGAACAAGGCAAAACAGUUUGUCUUCGAGAGGAGUUGUCUAUUGUGUACACGGCAAACCAAGUGCAGGAUGCUGCACAGUACUGGAAGGAGAGGUUUUGGAGCUAGAAGGAGAACCUAAAAUAAACGCUAAGGAAAACACAGAUACAACAGAACUUCUAAAUAAGCAUUGUCAUCAGAAUAAAGCACCCGAAGUUGACAAACGGGCAAGAAAAAAAUUGAUAAUAGCCAGUACACUAUGUGUCAUAUUCAUGAUAGCAGAAGUGGCAGGUGGUUAUUUAUCGAACAGUUUAGCAAUAGCUUCAGACGCAGCUCACCUUUUAACAGAUUUCGCUAGUUUCAUGAUAUCUUUAUUCGCUUUGUAUAUGGCUAAUAGACCAUCUACGAAAAAAAUGUUGUUUGGAUGGUACCGAGCGGAAGUUAUUGGCGCUUUAACAUCGGUACUACUAAUCUGGGUUGUAACUGGUAUACUAGUAUACAUGGCAAUACAAAGAAUCAUCUAUGAAACAUAUGAAGUAGAUGCUGUCGUUAUGUUGAUCACCUCUGGAGUUGGAGUUGUGGUUAAUAUUGUUAUGGGACUGGCUCUGCACCAGCAUGGACAUACUCAUGGAGGGCACGAACAUUCCGCGCAUGGGGGUAAGGAAAAAGAAAAUAUAAACGUUAGAGCUGCUUUUAUCCACGUUGUGGGCGACUUUCUACAAAGCUUUGGCGUUUUCGUGGCUGCUAUAGUAAUUUAUUUCAAACCAAAUUUGAUGAUCGUCGAUCCCAUUUGUACUUUCUUCUUCUCUGCGUUGGUGUUAUUUACUACGUUUGCUAUAAUAAAAGACGCUCUGUUGGUUUUGAUGGAAGCAAUACCCAAAGGGAUUAAUUUCGAGGAAGUUAUGAAUACUCUAUUGAAAAUAGAAGGAGUAGAAAGAGUUCAUAAUUUGAGAAUCUGGGCUUUGAGUUUGGAUAAAAUUGCUAUGUCUGCACACGUCGCUAUAAAUUCUGGUACCAAUCCUCAAAAUGUUUUAAUGGUUGCUUCCAAAAAUAUCCACGAAAAAUACAAUUUUUUCGAAAUGACUUUACAGAUCGAAGAAUUUCAGGAAGCCAUGGAAGACUGCACCCAAUGCAGAAACCCCUGAGUUAUAAAUAAUUUAUUUAUUAUUUUUUGGUGUAUUUAUUAUAAUCGAUGUUUUUUUACAUUACGAUCUAUGUAACGCUUUUAUCAAUAAAAUACUCUGUUUUUUUGUAAAUAAA